CUAAGUGGUGAGGAGUAGGACAGCUUUGUCGUGCACCUAACACCAUGGAUGACUACCCGAUGUACGGUGUGCUCGUGGGGUUCUCCCUCUGGGGGACCCUCUGGCGUCUCCUCUUUCCAUUGGGGUUUUGGAACACCUUUACGUGCAGAGUAGAGACCAGGGGCGGUGUUAGUACCACUCCCUACACCCCGGAGCAGGAGGAGGAGGCUGCGAGAACCUUGGCUGAGCAGAAGGCCAGAACAAAGAAGGAGGUAGUGAAGCAGGCCAAGAAGUUGUCCUUGUUGCAGGAGCAAGCCGUAAAGAAAAAGAAGUUGGAAGAAGAGCUGAAAAGGUUGAAGGAGGAGGAAGAAAAGUUGAAAGCAGAGGAGGAAAAAGAAGAAGAAGAAGAGAAAAAGGUGGAAAAAGAAUUGCCCCUGAUUAGAAGAAGUAUCAGGGAAAGAGGAGAGACAAGUGGCACAAAGAAAGAGGAUUCCUCGCUGGAGAAGAAGGUUUUUGAAUGGGUUGCUAAUGUGUCUUUGGGAGAAGAGGAGAAGCCGAUGUUGUAUGUUCCCAGGGAAGAACAGGAGGCGGUUGUUAAGGAAUUGGAAGCCGAGGAAGAUCCUCUCAAACAACAGACGAUAGAGGAGGAGAAAAAGUUGUUAUGGAAGCUGCGUCUGACCAGGGAGAGGAAGAAGAGGAUGGAAGCGGCAAGUAAGGCGGCGAAAGAACUGGAGGAGGUGAAGCAGCAAAGGGUGCAGAUGGAGGCACAGGCAGAUUUGCAAGGAAAGAUGGAGGCGAUGGCGAGAAACAUAGAACGCCUGGCGCAGGCUCAGGAGGAGCAGUACCAAUUUGGAAGGAGUCAGGAUAUGGUCGUGCGAUCGAUACAAUUGGGGUUUCGAGAGUUCGCACGCGAAAUGUUAAUGCACGUGGGCUCAGAAGUACAGACGAGAUUAGAGGGCACAAUGCGAUUCUGCACAGGUGCCAUAGAAGGCGCAAAGUUGGCUGCACCAAGAGAGGAAGAAGCUCGUCCCCGUAGGGAGCCUGUUAAAGUGAAGUUCCCUGAUUCCUACAGUGGGAGGAAGGAGGAGAACUUCGAUAACUGGGAGGCAAAUGUGAGCUCCUACGUGCAUCUUCAAAGGAUAUCGCCUGACGAACAUGUUCUCAUAGCCUUCCAUGCGCUCAGGGACGAAGCAGCGAGCUUCGCCCGGUCGCUUUGUCACGCCGCUAAGUGCGAUAACAAUAUGGUUGCCUAUUCUGCAAUCACCCCUCUCAUUGGUCAACUUGUUUUACCGUGCCAUGCCCCAGUGUUGCGCGGGCACUUCUUUGAGAAGAAUACAGAGUCUACCAUGACCUACGAUACCCUGAGUAGGGAAGUGGUAGCGUAUGAGGUGCAGUCCAUGUCAGUUUCCACUUUCUGGCACAAGGACUUGGACAAGGGCAAGAAGUGGAAAGGUCAUACCAUCUCAGGUCAGGUUAAGAGCAAGGAUCACUUGAUCCUUACCUUAGAUGAGGGUGGUAUGGAGGAGGUCCCAUAUGAUAAGAUAGAGUGGGGUCUCGAAGAGGAUGAUGGUAGUCUGGGUCAGGCAAGGACUUACGCUACUGUCGCGGCUGGAGGGAGGCCGCAAGGAAGAGGAAGAGGCCAGGGCCAAGAGGGUCGGGCCUCUGGUGGUCGUGGACAGGGCGAUCAGGGGGUUGGCGGCAGAGGAGACCGCCAAGCAGGAGGUAGGGGUCAAGGUCCCUCGCAAAACCGCUCUCGUUAUACACGGUCACCUCCCGGGAGGGGUGGAUGGCACCCUGACUUGCCGCAGGGCAGGCGAGAAGAUUUGGACUUAGAACAGAUAGUGUGGCAGCGUCGCAUAGACCAGGAUCAGUGCAUUUACUACGGUGAUCCCGGGCAUAUUAUAAAAUAUUGCCCCAAGAAUAGAGAAGCCAGAUUUGUUGCACAGGCAGCAAAAGGCAACCGUCGGUAGGGGUUGCAACUGCCCCUAUC